AUGAAGCGCACCUUAACCCCCUCCAAGCGCAUGAACGGUACUAAGGAACCCCAUGAGUCUGCCAAAACAAACACCCAGUCGCUUCUUCAAAAAGUACUGUGGCCUUCAAUUGAGGAAUCCCCGACAACCCUGAAUCACACAAUGAGCCCACCCCAAUAUCUGGUCCCGCCAUCCGGGCACAACGACCUGCCAUCUCCACAGACAAUGUCGACUCCCCUCACAGAGGACAUGAAGAUGCGGUUGCAUGCCAAAAUUGAAGAAGACCGGCGCAAGCAGGAGGAAGAAAAAACACACCAGGCUAGUUUGGUGCUGGAACAGCGGCGCAUCGAGCAGUUGAUACUGUCCGAUGCCCUGCGCGCUGGCGUCCCACCGAACCUAGUCCCGUUCAUCUUCAACGGCAUCUAUACCACCUGUGCUAAUAUUCAACUGCUGGAUGAACUGCAGAAUCAGUGGUCUGCACCGGCUUCCCAAUCUGCUGCACCCCCUGUGGUGCCCCGGCAGCAAGAUAAUUCGGCCCCGGCGUCGCCUACAAAGCUCCCAGUGGCACCCCGCCCGCCUCAGCAGAGUCUUAAACAGCAAUCUCAAGCGCAUGCUACUGAGUUGACACCAAUGGCCACAACGCAUCUGCCGGAAAGGCGCGAACGUGAGUGGUCGGAGGCCACAUCCAGUUUACAUCGAGACCGAGUGAUAAGGUCUGAGCGAGAGCAACUGAGGCGCAAGCUGAAAUCCCAGAAGGUAGAGUUUGCCGACAAGGACCUGUUGGAUACAGCAUUUGAACACACCUUUCCUGUUACGAGCUCUAUGAUCGAGGCCCUAUCCCCUCGGCAUCUGGCUGGUCCUCCCAAUAAGGCCUCUGGGACGCGGGGAAAACGACAACAACCACCUCAGAAAUCUCAUAUCAGGCCUUCCCAAGAAUCGGAGCGACAGGAGUCCCAAUUUAAACCACAACAGGAACCACAAAUGGCGCCGAGGAAUCCUGGCGGUGUCUCAAAUGCUCCGUCUCACGUUAAUCCGCAGCAAACGAACUCCCCUAGCCCGAAGCGAAAGAACCAGAGGUCACACGAGAGAGUCCCUCCACCUAAAUAUCGGCGACACGAGACAGUAUGCGGUCAACAAGACGCACUUGAUGACUCACAGCUUGCUCAGAGGCAACAGCAGCGCGAUUUAUUCAGCUCCCACGAAUCCCGUACCUGCGAUGGUGGUUCUUCCGGGCAACCAUCGGAGUCAACCCCGGCUGCAGUAGAAAAAUCCAGAGGAACUGCAGCUGAAGGCCUCCAGAAACGACCAUCUCGUUCCCAGAGCACAUCUGAUGUCGAUGCAUCAGAGCCCGGCCAAGACACGGUUCCAGACAUCAAGUUGGCAUGA